AUGUGUACAGAGUAUAAAAAUACAAAGAGUAAGGUCAAUUUACAGAAAAAUUGUGAUCGUCAUUUAAAGGAAAAAGAUCUGUCACAUACUAAAAAGAUAAAGAUAAGCAAAGAAGCAAAGCACGUUAAAAUAUGGUUUCAAAAUAGAAGAAGUAAAUACAAGAAGAUGAUGAAAGCGGCACAAGUGACGGGCGGUACCAACAACAACGGUACACCUGGUGGUCAUUCUGGUCUGUUAGGUCCUAAUUCCAAUAUGCCUUCUAGUAGUCCGGGACCACAGGGUCAGAAUAUGAUGCAAGGUAGGAUCAAAAUGGAAGGAGGCGGCUCGUCUAGCGGUAGUCCGGCGACUGGCGGCUACAUGCAACACCCCUCGCCAGCUCCCAGUUCCACCCCCGGAUCGGACAUGUCAGCCGGGGGUCCGCAACCCGCUGCCAGUCCAGGGGCGGGCGGUGGCGGAGGGGGUGGCUGGGGCGAUAUCAAGCCCCACCAGCAGCCCAUCCACCCACCGCCGCAUUCUACGAGUCACCCGCACCCCCAUCCCCCGCCACACAACUACCUCCCACAGUAUUCUUGGUAUCCAACGGACAAUCCUGGUCUCCUGACAUGA